AUGGACGAUACUAGCAAAAGUGGUACUGGUAGUAAUAGUAGUAGUCCUUCUCUAUUAAUACCAACUCCCUUGGUGGCUUCGGAAGAAAGCAAGGCAUGUCUUUCCAAUGCCGUGGAAGUUUUCCAGGAGCUCUUUUCGGAACCAUUCUCCUCGUCACAAGACUACCCACAGAUUUCGACCCUGUUGGAACUCCACGAUCGUCUGAGUCAUCUUCUUCUUCUUGUCCAUCACAAUGGUGAUGAUGAUAAUGAUAAUAACAAUAAUAAUAAUGACAAGAUUCCUCAAUCCAUUGCAAGAUAUUUCUCGCAACUGCGACUACAGAGACAUGAUGACAAUACCAACAACAAAAGUCAACAAGAUAUCAAGAAGAAACAACAAUUGUUUGAGUACUUGGCAGUGGAAGCGGAUUUGUAUAGAGCCAUGGCGUUGACUUCCAUAUAUUUGAUGGAAAUGAUACCAACGGCAACCAACCGUCCGCUGGAUGUGUCGGUCGAACAAGGGUUGAAAUCUUGCUAUCAGCGUGCACAAUUUCUCGUCAAGAUGAUGGACCAUCGCGUCGUACAAUCGGUGGACGUCGUCCUUGUAACACCAAAUCAAGAAAUCAAUUCAACAUCAUCAUCAUCAUCAUUAUUAUUGGAUCAUUACACAACCGAUUAUUCGGAGCAGCUAGAACGAUGGCUCCUGGAAUGCGAUUCUUUGGAAGAAAAUGAUGAUAACAACAAUAAUAGUAUCAUGAUGUUUGACAAGGAACAAUUGCAAUUGGAAGAAGACGAACUCAUGCAAAUGGCUGCGACACCAACACCGAAUGAAACAGAAGACGAUUCAGCGAUUCUACCAUCCGCCACUACAACUUAUACUUCGGAUAGGAAUAGCCCCACUGACCUCUCGGCUCGUCUCAUACAAUACGAUGAUACCAGUAGUACUCCAGAGAACGACGACAGCACUGACAAAAACAAGAACAACACAUCUCAAUAUUCGACGCUGGUCGUUCUCAAUGACAGAGGAGGUGUCUUUCAAAGUCAACAUCCUCAAGAGCAAGCUUGGUGGUGGGCGUUGACGAGCGAUUCCACCAUACAGUGUGAUCAUCAUGCCAACAACGACGACAACAAUCAUGAUCAAAUGAUGAUUACCAUUUCGUCCGUCGUUUCCAAUCGACCCAAACUAGGACAACACUUGCCAUUCAUACAGUUGCACGCAAAGAAACCACAAGACGUUUCUCUUUGGUGGUCAAGAAUAUCCAAAAUUGUACAAUCCUUGCAAGAAACCAAAGACCUGCAACACGAAUUAGAAUCCUUGUGGCCAGCAAAGGAGGUCCAAACCAAGUUGGAAGAGUCAAGAUUGUUACUAUCUUGA